UAUAGCUCGUGUGUGUGCUGUGUGCUGAAAGAAAAUCGGACGUUUUAUAUUUUAAGUGCAUGCGUGUGCCGCACGACAACUGCACGUCAACUGCAAUUUGAAAAAAACAGUUGAACACUCAAUUUAAAUUCUAAUUAGUGGAAAUAUUAAAAUGGCGGACGUGCGACGCAGAAAGCCAGCCGCAAAUGAGACAGACGAUGCUGCUGCUGCCACAGCCGCUAGCAGUGCAGCUGAUUCCUCAGAUCAUGUCGAUUCGGAAGAGGAGAAAAUACCCGAAGAGAGAGUUGUUGAGGAGCUGGCGAAGAAUUUACCACAAGGCACUGACAAAACGCCAGAGAUAUUGGACUCAGCUCUCAAGGAUUUACCGGAUCGAUGGAAGAACUGGGUCAUCCGCGGCAUUUUCACAUGGAUUAUGAUUUGUGGAUUUGCAUUAAUCAUCUAUGGCGGUCCGUUGGCUCUGAUGAUUACGACGCUGCUUGUGCAGGUGAAGUGCUUCCAGGAGAUUAUCUCAAUUGGCUAUCAAGUGUAUCGCAUACACGGCCUGCCCUGGUUUCGCAGUCUCUCCUGGUAUUUCUUGCUAACCUCCAACUAUUUCUUUUAUGGCGAACAUCUAGUUGACUACUUUGGCGUGGUCAUCAAUCGUGUGGAAUACUUGAAAUUUUUAGUCACCUAUCAUCGCUUUCUAUCAUUUGCGUUGUAUAUCAUUGGGUUUGUUUGGUUCGUGCUGUCCCUGGUGAAGAAAUACUACAUCAAGCAAUUUAGUCUAUUUGCCUGGACGCACGUCUCGCUGCUGAUUGUCGUCACCCAGAGCUAUCUAAUUAUACAGAAUAUAUUCGAGGGCCUUAUUUGGUUUAUAGUGCCCGUUUCGAUGAUUGUGUGCAAUGAUGUCAUGGCGUAUGUGUUUGGUUUCUUCUUUGGACGCACACCCCUCAUCAAGCUGAGCCCCAAAAAGACCUGGGAGGGCUUUAUCGGUGGUGGUUUUGCCACCGUCCUCUAUGGCAUAAUAUUCUCCUAUUUUCUGUGCAAUUACCAAUACUUUAUUUGCCCCAUACAAUACUCAGAGGAACUGGGUCGUAUGAGAAUGUCCUGUGUACCCAGCUAUUUGUUUACACCGCAGGAGUACAGCCUUAAAUUGUUUGGCAUUGGAAAAUCUUUGAACAUUUAUCCAUUCGUCUGGCACUCGAUUUCGUUGAGCCUGUUCAGCUCCAUAAUUGGACCCUUUGGUGGAUUCUUUGCUUCCGGCUUCAAGCGCGCGUUUAAAAUUAAGGACUUUGGUGACAUGAUUCCUGGACAUGGUGGCAUUAUGGAUCGCUUCGACUGUCAGUUUUUGAUGGCCACCUUUGUUAACGUCUAUAUCUCAAGUUUCAUUAGAACUCCAUCGCCGUCGAAACUUUUGACACAGAUUUAUAAUUUAAAACCGGAUCAACAAUACCAAAUCUAUCAGUCAUUAAAGGACUCUCUAGGCGACGUGCUGAACUAAAAUAUAAGAAAACAGUUUCCUUUUAUAAUGAAUAUUUCAUAUUUUAAGAGAUCAUAUUCAUUAUAAAAAGAUAGUGGGACAACAUUACAUAAUAUAUAUAAAUAUAUAUAUAUUUAUAUCUGUAAAGGAACAUAUGGCAAGAACUUCUCGGAUGCUGUUAUGGUCCCCCAAAAAUGAUUCAUUUGAAUCGAACACUAUAUGAAUAGUUUAAAUUUUUGAGCAUAAUUUUUGUUAUGUUUUUAGUUUAGAAUUUUGUUGUUACUACAAUUUUAAGUUAUUUCAGUUACGGUUAUUAUUAAUAUUAUGAUGAUGGCAUUCAAGUGCAAGUGCAAUGCGUUUACCGGUGAUUUGUUACGCGAUUCCAUUAAUUUUACUGAACAUAAGAUUGCAUUAUGAGAUUCACUUUUAACCAAAUCGAAUUAAACACUUUAAAAUUGCAAGUUAAAGCUAGUGAAAGGCAAACCAACAACAUGUAAACCGAUCCUAUGAAUUUAAUGUUUUCUUAUGGCUCUGAGUGUGAAUUUACAAUACAUAUUGACAUAUAUAUAUAUAUAUAUA